UUCACACUCACAAUCACACCUACAUGCAGACUCCACACAGGCGGGACGGGGAUUAAACCCGGGACCUCAGAACUGUGAGGCCAACGUUACCAGCUGCUCCACUGUGCCACCCUCAACGUGGAAGGUUAACCCUUUUAGCACCACCCGCACUCCUGAAAGUCAGCAACGAUCGGCUCCAGACCACAUGGGAACUAAAACAGGAUGAGCAGGACAAAACAGAUGGAUGGACGCAUGGAUGUCUGCAUUUAUUUCAAAUGUUGACUUUGCACCAAUGUAAUAACAAAAGCAGAGCCUUAACCCCCAAAAAUCACUGCAGCCCGUUUAAUCCCAGCCUGCAGAUGAGGUCUUGUUACAAGGAUGCUACGUGUUCAGCCCACUGGGUACCGAGACCAAGUCCCUUAACUAACAAUAUCGCUGUCGUCCUCCUCCCGAGGGACAGCGCUACCGACAAAAUGCUGUCUUUCCUACACGCAGAUGUCUUUGGAUCCGUCCUUUGCUUCGCUCCCGAAAAGAAACUUGUGUCUCGUUGUACUGGGUCAUGACCUCCACAAACUUCCUGGACAGCACCAUGUGCUGCAAGACCAACGCAAGCACAAGGCAGACGGUUUAUGCCCAACUGGUGAACCAUAUAAAGCAUCCAGGCCUGCAGGUUUUAUCCACAGCCUCCCAUUAUUGGCCUCUCGAUGCUGUGGAUGGGAUCCACGGACUGUGGGACCAAAUUGGAAACAGACCAGGUUAUGUUAACGGAAGUAAUAUAACUCUCAGAAUCCACAAGCACACUGUGCUCCCUUCCUCCCAUAACACUUCCUAUGUGUAUACCAAUGACUCUGCCUACACUAACAUUUCUGCAACAGUAGAUAUUGUUGAAGGAAUGGUCAACAAUGGCAUUUUCCUGAAAGGAGACAGCGGUGGCACUUUUCUCCAUUUUGGAAGCUACCAGAACUCUUGCAUUAGUGACCCCACUCUGUGCAGCCCAGAUGGAAUUACCUUCUCCUUUUUUUGGAAGAACCAUGAAGCGGAAUCCCGUUUUGCUGUCGCAUCUGGAGGGAAAGUCAUCUCGAAUGGUUUCUCCGUCUACACCAACCCCCUCGGAGGUUACGUGGAGUUCUACACUCGGGGCAACAACCACAGAUGGAAAGCCAAUAUCGGAGUUCCAGGGCCUUAUUGGACCCACAUUCUCUUCACGUGGCAAAAGUCAGCAGGUCUGAAGGUUUACAUAAACGGCACCUUCACCGCCGGCGACGAAAGCGGAAGCGUUUCCGAAAACUACGGCGACCCCUACUCCGACCUGGUCAUCGGGACCGGCAAUGACCGGGCGUACGGCCACUACAUCACUGGGGCCUUUGACGAGUUCGUCAUCUGGGAAAGAGCCCUUCUGCCCGCCGAGGUCUUUCUCUACUACAGUGCUGCCAUAGGUCACGCCGUGGAGUCUGCCACAACCCCCCGCGUCUUACCACAGCUACCUGUCGCUACGACAACCGCGGGAGCCGUUGAAGGGAGUCCUCCUGUCGUCAGCAGUUUGCACGAGGAGGUCCAACGCUCCCAGGAUCCGGAGUCUCUGCCAGUUUUGGGGUUCCUGAAGGCCCUGCCCAACAGGACCAUUCCUCACAACAGCGCCAGCAACCUCACGCAGGCUUUUCUCAAAAAUGUGGAAGAAUUGCUGUCGUCUCAAGGGUUACCCGAGCAGUCCGGGCCUGUGGUCAGCGGACUGAUCCAAACGGUGGACCGCGUCAUGGAGCACAUGGUGGCCAACUUGGAGUCCAGCACCAACGCGCUCGUCUCGCUGGGAGGGACAUCGUUUGUGGCAGAUUAUUCGUUGCUGAAAGUGCCGCAGAACUACAAUUUGCCGCACUACCGCUUCCCCACACAGGGAAAGAACUACAUAUCUGUACCCGGGGAAGCCUUCACGACACAGUAUCAAACCACCAUCGUUGGCCUCUUUUACCACAACAUGCACAGCUACUACAACGAAAUCAGCCCCGUCAAGACCAGGAUUAACGAGGCCGCUAAUUUUAAAGCCCACAAAAUCCAGGUAGCGAGCUGUUUGAUCUCUCUGAACGUGGAGCCAUCCCCCGCCCUGUCGGUCAACCUCUCCGGUGCACCUCUCGUCAAGAUCGUUCUCAGCCACAUUUUGAGUGAAGAACAGCAGGAGCAAAUAUUAAAUCAAAGCAAUAAAGUCUUCCUGUACUGUGGCUUCCUGGAUUACAGUUCCAAGGAGGGAGUAUGGUCCAAUCAAGGUUGCGUGCGUUCAGAGGGGAACGCGAGUUACUCCGUGUGCUUGUGCAACCACCUCACCAACUUUGCCAUUCUGAUGCAAGUGGUCCCCUUAAAGCUCACCACAGGCCACCGGGUGGCGCUGUCAACCAUUGGCUACGUUGGAUGCUCCAUUUCCAUUUUCUGUCUGGCCAUCACUCUCGUCACGUUUGCGGUCCUGUCGUCGGUGAGUACCAUCCGCAACCAGCGCUACCACAUCCACGCCAACCUGUCUUUUGCCAUCCUGGUGGCCGAGAUCCUGCUGCUCAUCAGCGCCAGCUUCGACCCGGGAACGCUUCCUUGUAAGAUCAUGGCUGUCCUGCUUCACUUCUUCUUUCUGAGCGCGUUCACCUGGAUGCUGGUGGAGGGCCUCCACCUCUACAGCAUGGUGGUCAAGGUGUUCGGUUCCGAAGGCAGUAAACACAUCUACUACUACGCCAUCGGUUGGGGCUCUCCACUGGUGAUCUGCGUGGUGUCCAUGACAUCAUCUUUGGGGAGUUAUGGCGAAGUUGACAACUGCUGGCUAUCCCUGAAGAACGGCGCCAUCUGGGCCUUUGUGGCACCAGCUCUCUGCGUCAUUUUGGUAAACAUUGGCAUUUUGAUAUCGGUCACCAGAAUAAUAUCUCGCAUCAGCGGGGAGAAUUACAAAGUUCACGGCGAUGCCAAUGCACUGAAGCUCACCGCGAAGGCCGUGGCAGUACUUUUACCGAUACUGGGCAUUUCCUGGAUCUUUGGCGUCUUGGCUGUUAACACGCACUCCUUGCCUUUCCUUUACAUCUUUGCCAUUUUCAACUCUUUGCAGGGUUUCUUCGUCUUCCUGUUUCAUUGCCUCCUGAACUCCGAGGUCAGAGCCGCUUUCAAACACAAGACCAAAGUGUGGUCUCUCACCAGCAGCUCCGCGCGAAACAUCAACGUGAAGCCGUUCAACUCCGACAUUAUGAAUGGAAACAAGGAGGGGGUAUCCCCCACGAAGAUGAACACAUGGGACAAAAGCAGCAACUCGGCCAAUCGCAUCGACCUCUCGGCGGUGUAGACCACCGCGCCGUUGGCGUGCGGACGCUAGUGUAGAAUGACGAGCGUUGGCAAAAGCAUCUCCACGCUAUUUGGUGUGAUUAACACUCACCGCGGGGCCUCCGGCGCAGGGGGGGGGGGGCGCCAAAUGGGCUGACCCCCCCGUGCGGCCGCAUCAUUCAAGACAAAGCGACUCCAAUAACCACGUCUCAUUUAUCGACAUAUCGCGUGAGAGAUCGGAGGUCAGUGAGGUCCCGGAGAGAUUCCGUUAUUCAGCGUCUGACUACGACACUCUACUCAGCGGAGUGUCUACAUUUGCAUUUUGAUUUGUUUUCAGAUUUUCCUUUUCUCACUACCGCUUUGCAACGUAUUCCUCGGUCUGACGACGACAGAGAACGCGACCGCGUUAUUUCCACGCCUUCGAAACAAGAGCACAUACUGUAGCUUCUGGAAAUGUCAUCCACAAAAUAACACUUAAAGUAAAUUGAAUCAUGUCCCCGCCUGAUAUGACAUACGGUAUUUAUUUUGUGUUUGGAAGGUCUGUUUCUUGUCUUUUACUGUGUGUAACCGUUCCACAGUGUGCCUGUAUGUUUGUGUUUUGUUUCCACUCUUGAAACGAGCUGACUGGUAUUAAGCAGUACCUCACAUCUUGGCAAGAUGCAGUAUGGCAUGUUCUCUUUAGGUUAGGAAAAACGUGUGUGUUUUGGACCCCGUCCUGUGAAGUUUUGCAGCGUCUUAACUAUUUCUAGAGCUACAUUUCAUACUGGUUGCAUAUGGAAAUGUGUCCACAACGGAAUCCCACAAUAAGAUUGUUUUUGUUUAUAACUGUGAGAAUAAAUGGACAUGACGUCGACAUGUCGUUCAUCUGUAUCAACACUGUACCAACAACAGCUUUUUUGGGGGGGAAAAGAAAUAACGGGAUUUAAUGUACGUCUCUAAGCACUCACGUCCAAUUGGAAUUCAAAUAUUGCAACUGUUCAGUUUUGUAUAUGACUUUUAAUGAUUUUAUUAUAAAGUUUUUUUUUCCUUCCAAUUAUCUUUAUUAAAAUGUUUGAGACACAAACUAAGUUAUUUUCUAUAACCAACAAAGCCUUAUAUUGUACAGUAUGUGUGUCCCUUUCUAAAAAAAAAAAAAAAUGAUAGCAUUCUUUAGUAACCUCAGUGUGGUGGGUGUGGAAAUGCGCUUGCAGCUUUAAAAAAAAAGUUUUCUGAUACAGUUUUCGUUUCAUUUAUGAUUGAUUAUGAGGAGGCAGU